CAAACGCCAUUAUCAUUGGCUGUUGGUGGAAGCUUUGAUUCAAUUGUUGCGAAACUACUCAAUACGGGAAAAGUCGACGUCGAUUGGAAAGAUGUCCAUGGCAGAACACCAUUGUCAUACGCCGCUGAGAGGGGCAACGGUGUAUUGGUCAAGAUGCUGCUGGAUAGAGGACUGGCUGAGGUCGACCCAAAGGAUAUGCUCCAUCGGACACCACUCUUAUGGGCAGCAGCCAGAGGCUUCAAGCCCACCUUUAAGAUGCUGCUGGAUACUGGCCGGGUCAAUGUGGAAUCGAGAGACGAGCAAGGCCGAACACCGCUGUCCUUGGCUGCAGGCAACGGUAAUACCCUUAUUGUUGUCAAGCACUUGCUUCUGGUAGGAAAAGCUGAUCCUGAUCCGAGUGACUCUGAGUACAAUGCAACACCACUGUCCUGGGCAGCCGAGGAUGGUCACCUCGCCUUGGCCAAGUUGCUCAUAGACACAGGCAAGGUUGACAUCAACUCCAAAGACGUCAACAACCGGACACCGCUGUUUCUGGCAGCUAGCAAUGGCCACGGCGAUAUUGUCAAGCUGCUACUGGAG